UGUAAACGUCAUAUAGUAUACAAAUUCAUACCAACCAUACAUACAUCUUACAAACACAAUGGAUAAGCUUAAGGAAAAGAUCAACAACUUAAAGCUUGAUGCUGAAAAGUGGCAAGAAAAGUCAGAUGACUUGGCCGUCCGCAUCAAGGAAUUGGAACAGGAAAACUUGGAGAAGGACCACCAGAUCCAAGCCUUGACCAGAAAGAAUGCGACGUUGGAGGAGAAUGUUGAGAAGUUGGAAAAGGACUUGGAUGAAUUUAAGGAGACCGCCGGCGAGUCCCACUCCUUGAAGACUACCAACGAUAACUACACCAAGAAGAACCAAUUGUUGGAGGAGGAAUUGGAGUCUUCGGACAAGAACUUGAAGGAAACCACCGAGAAGUUGAAGGAAACCGACAUUAAGGCCGAGCAAUUGGAACGCAAGGUUACCUCCUUGGAGGCUGAAAAGGAAGAGUGGGAAAACAAGUACGAGGAAUUGUCUGCCCAGCACGCUAGUGUCAAGGCCGAGUUGGACGAAAUCUCCCAGCAAUUAGAGUCUAUCUGA